AUGUCUGGGAAAGAAUUAGCCGAGGGUUACGUCGAGAAAAUGCAAGCAACGUCUCAGGUCACGCCGAAUCCUGAUUCUGCCACUGAAAGAAAUAGCGAAACACCAAUUUGUAGCCGAAAUUUAGACGAAGAUGAUAUUGACUACGUUGAUGCAUCGUACAAUAUUGAAAAGGAGAUUGCUUUAUAUUGGCCCCGAGUUCGAACCCGAAUAAAUAAUCUUAACGUGAUGACACUUCGUGAAGCCAAUCGUCAUCAAGAAUUACCUUUAGCUCGAAUAAAGAAAAUUAUGAAGUUGGACGAAGAUGUUAGACAUCAGAUGAUAAGUGCUGAAGCACCUGUUUUAUUAGCAAAAGCUGCAGAAUUAUUUAUCGAAGAACUGGCACUUAGGUCUUGGUUACAUACCGAGGAAAAUAAGCGUAAAACACUUCAAAAAUGUGAUAUAUCUCAAGCAGUAAGUAGGUAUGAUCAGUUUGAUUUUCUUAUUGAUAUUGUUCCUCGCGAUGAAAAACGGUGUCAGCAGGUUAAUAAAUUUGAAAAAAUAAUUGCACCUACAAGUAGCGCCAGCAUUGAGAGUGAAAUAAUCGACUGCAAAGGAUUUUCGCAGCAAAAUGGAAACAAUAAUAGUGUUCAAUAUGUUUUGCAGGUCGGACCAUCAGAGGGCGCAAUAACUUCUGGCUCAAUGGUGCAAGCUACUCCGAUUGGUCAGCCCAUUCAAUUACCGAUAGCACCUGGGGGUCAACCAAUACAACUUAUAACACUCGGCUUGCCUGAUGGGAAUGUUCAGCAGUUCCAGGUUCAACUGCCAACUGCGAAUUCCUAA